AUGGGGCUCCUAACUAUCAUAAAGAAGGUCAAACAAAAAGAAAAGGAAAUGCGGAUCCUCAUGGUGGGUCUGGAUAACGCCGGGAAGACAACAAUUGUAAAGCGGCUUAACGGGGAGGACAUAACGACAAUCAGCCCCACGCUGGGGUUUAAUAUCAAGACCAUGACCUUUAAGGGCUACAAGCUCAACAUCUGGGACAUUGGUGGCCAAAAAACGCUGCGCCCUUACUGGAGGAAUUAUUACGAAAAGACCGACGCCCUGAUCUGGGUGGUGGACUCCGCGGACCUGGCGCGCCUUAAUGAUUGCAGGGAGGAGCUCCAUAACCUUCUAAAGGAGGAGCGGCUCUUCGGGGCCUCACUGCUCAUCUUUGCAAACAAGCAGGACAUCCCCUCCGCACUAUCCGUGGUGGAGCUGGAGAAGGCCCUAGACAUCGCUUCCAUCACCAAGCGGCACUGCCGGGUGGUAGCUUGCAGCGCGGUGGACGGCACGGGGCUGCUGGAAGGGUUUGAUUUUGUGGUCAACGACAUAUCCGCGCGGAUAUACCUCUUCUCGUAA